AGCCAAUGCCGCGCCCUGCGGGGAGGUCACGUGCCGCUGUUUGGCGCUUUUGUGCGCUCCCGGGUCUGUUGGUGCUCAGAGUGUGGCCAGGCGGCUCGGACCGAGCAGGGUUCUCCUUGCCAGUGGAUUGUGUAGAAUACACUGCCAGUCUCUUGUCUUCUGUUCACCAUGGCUUCUUCUGAUAUCCAGGUGAAGGAACUGGAGAAGCGUGCCUCAGGCCAGGCUUUUGAGCUGAUUCUUAGCCCUCGAUCAAAAGAAUCCGUCCCAGAAUUUCCCCUUUCCCCUCCAAAGAAGAAGGACCUUUCCCUGGAGGAAAUUCAGAAGAAACUAGAAGCUGCAGAAGAAAGACGCAAGUCCCAUGAAGCUGAAGUCUUGAAGCAGCUUGCUGAGAAACGAGAGCACGAGAAGGAAGUGCUUCAGAAAGCAAUCGAGGAGAACAACAACUUCAGUAAAAUGGCGGAAGAGAAGCUGACCCACAAGAUGGAAGCCAACAAAGAGAACCGUGAGGCGCAGAUGGCUGCCAAGCUGGAGCGUUUGCGAGAGAAGGACAAGCACAUUGAGGAAGUGCGGAAGAACAAAGAAUCCAAAGAUCCUGCUGAUGAGACUGAAGCUGACUAAUUUGUUCUGGGAACUGACUUUUCUCCCCAUCCCCUUCCUAAAUAUCCAAAGACUGUACUGGCCAGUGUCAUUUUAUUUUCACCCUCCUGACAAAUACUCUAGAUGCUGAUGUAGGACUGUAUAGGUAGACCCAGACGUAAGAUGUUGUUUUAGGGGCUAAAGGGGAGAAACUAAAAGUGUUUUACUCUUUUUCUAAAGUGUUGAAGUCUUUCUAAUGUAGCUAUUUUUCUUGUUGCAUCUUUCCCACUUCAGUACACUCGGUGUACUGGGUUAAUGGCUAGUACUGUAUUGGCUCUGUGAAAACAUGUUUGUGAAAAGAGUAUGUAGUGGCUUCUUUCAAACUGUUAGAUGCUGAAUAUCUGUUCACUUUUCAAUCCCAAUACUGUCCCGAUCUUACCAGAUGCUACUGUACUUGAAUGGUUAAUAAAACUGCACAGUGCUGUUGGUGGCA